AUGGAUCUAGGUUCAUUUCCUGAAGACCAAAGGAUACCUGUUGCUGCCCUCAGUGAUAUGUGGACGGAAUUACAUAAACUAGAUAAAGUUGGCAACGAUGCCAUUUGCAAUUUACAUAAACUCACCACCUGGAAUCUGGCUAAUCAUGUAAGGGCAAGGAAAGAUGCAAGUGAUAUCGACAAUUAUUAUGAUGAAGAUUAUGUCACACAACAUGAUCUUCUUAGAGAGCUAGCUGUGUAUAAAAGCAACCAGGGUACAGUAGGACAAAGGCAAAGAUGGAUUAUGGAAAUAAGUGGAAACACUCCACCAAAUUGGUGCACGGAACAGGAUCAGCAACUAAUUAAUGCCCGCUUGUUAUCUAUCUCUACUGAUACAUCGUUCUUGUCAACUUGGUGCGACAUUCAAGCACAAAAAGUUGAGUGUCUAGUUCUGAACCUCCGUACAAAGAAUUACAGCUUACCUGAGUUUGUGGAUAAAAUGGAUAAAUUUAAGAAAUUUUCAACUACUCAACUCUCUACCCCGUUUAGAAACGAUCAGAUUGGAAAAGGUUUCAAUCCCUUCCCUUUGCAAGGCCCUGGCUUUUGGGAAUUGUACUAUCCAAGUUUCAAAGCAUUGCCAAAUCUAAUGGAGAUAAACAUUGACUAUUGCAAUGAUCUAGUGGAAUUUCCUGCAAAGCUGUGUGAUGUUAUCCUCUUAAAAAAACACAGCAUCAACCAUUGUCAUCAGUUAUCGACACUGCCUGAAGCAAUUGGAAAGCUAGUGAAUUUGGAAGUGCUAAGGCUUAGGUCAUGUACUAAUCUAUCAGAAUUGCCGGAGUCCAAUCAAAAGCCUCCAUCAAUUAAGAAUUCUUGA